CUGUGGUAUAUAGUUGCUGUUUGAAUAGAAGUGUGUAGGUUGAUAUAAAUCAUAUAUUUCUAAUCGUUUUCUUCUAAAUAUGGCUCGUGGAAUAUCACAUCACCCUGGAUGCACAACAUGGCGCCAUGGCUUCGGACAUAAUUUGCUGCGUUAUUUUUUCCUUUGUCACCUCGUCUUUUUUGUUACGGGACAUAUCAGAUAUUCGAUCCCAGAGGAGAUGAGGAAAGGCUCCCUGAUCGGUAAUGUCGCACAGGACCUUGGCUUGGAUCUGAAAAGGCUCCGUUCUGGGCGGGCCCGCAUCGUGAGCGCUGAGAGCGUCCAGUACGUCGAGCUGAAGGCAGACAAAGGGAUUUUAGCAGUGAAGGAGAGAAUCGACCGGGAGCAGCUUUGCGGCGGCACAACGCCGUGCAGUUUCAGCUUUGAGAUGAUUCUAGAAAAUCCUAUGGAGCUGCAUCAAAUUACGGUCGAGAUUACGGAUAUUAAUGAUCAUUCGCCCACGUUCAAAAGAGAUAGCAUGCAUUUUGAAAUAAGCGAAAGUGCCGCUACCGGUGCUCGUUUCUCCUUGAUAAGUGCGGAGGACCUAGAUGUGGGUGUGAACGGACUGAAAGAUUAUUUCUUGAGCGAUAGUGAUCAUUUUAUCCUUAAACAACAUUCGCAUGCGGAAGGGAAGAAAUACGCAGAGAUGGUGCUUGAGAAGCCUUUAGACCGAGAAACAAACCCUAAUCUGUCUUUGAAACUGAUCGCUGUGGAUGGAGGAACUCCUCAGAGAUCUGGUACUGUAAAUAUUAAUGUCGUUGUUCUUGAUGUCAACGAUAAUGCACCUGUUUUCAAUCAGUCUGAGUACAAAGUUGUUGUCACAGAAAUGUCUCCUAAAGAAACUUAUGUUACGACCGUUAAUGCAAGUGAUGCGGAUUUUGGUUCAAACGGUGUUGUAUCAUAUCAUUUCUCAGACCUUGACAGUGCUCUAAGUGAUUUGUUUAUGAUUGAAGAAAAGACAGGAAACAUUUACGUGAAAGGUGAUAUUGAUUAUGAAAAGGAUAAAAAGUACGAACUCAGAAUUGAUGCAAAGGAUCAGGGAGGGUUGACAGAUUCUAGCAAAGUGAUAAUUGAUGUAGGAGAUGUAAAUGAUAACGCUCCUGUCAUAAGCGUGAUGUCAUUCACCAGUCCUGUGUCAGAGGACUCUCCUCCUGGAACAACUAUUGGGAUUAUCAAUGUAAAAGACCUGGAUUCAGGUGAUAACGGACAGGUGAGCUGUAAAAUUGAAGGUAGUGCUCAUUUUAAGAUCAUGUCCAAUCUAAAAAAUUAUUAUACUCUGAUAACUGAUUCUGUAUUAGAUCGUGAAAGUGUUGCAGAGUACAACAUCACUGUUGUUGCUACAGACAACGGAGCACCUCCUCUCUCAGCUAAAAGAAUCUUUAAUUUGAAAGUGUCUGAUGUGAAUGACAAUGCUCCAGUUUUUUCAGAGCGGGUUUACAGAGGAUUUAUUACAGAGAAUAACUCCCCUGGUGUCUCUGUCCUUGCUCUGAAAACCAAAGAUCCUGAUGAGAACCAAAAUGCUCGAAUAUCAUAUAUUUUGGAGGGCAAAAAUAUCGCUGGCUCGUCAGUUUCUGAAUUUGUUUCUGUUAAUUCAGAAAGUGGAGUCAUUCAAGCAGUGCGAUCAUUUGAUUAUGAACAAAUUAAAGAAUUAGUUUUUGUUGUAAAAGCACAGGAUGGAGGCUCUCCUCCACUCAGCAGCAACGUCACUGUGGAAAUCCUGAUCCAGGACCAGAAUGACAACCCUCCUCAGGUUCUGUACCCGGUCCAGACUGGUGGCUCUGUGGUAGCUGAAAUGGUGCCUCGUUCAGCAGAUGUGGGCUACCUGGUGACUAAAGUGGUGGCUGUAGAUGUGGACUCUGGACAGAACGCCUGGCUCUCCUAUAAACUGCAGAAAGCCACAGACAGGGCGCUGUUUGAAGUGGGCUCACAGAAUGGAGAAAUAAGAACAAUCCGUCAGGUGACUGAUAAAGAUGCUGUGAAACAGAGACUGACUGUGAUAGUGGAGGACAACGGGCAGCCCUCUCGUUCAGCUACAGUCAUUGUUAACGUGGCGGUGGCGGACAGCUUCCCUGAAGUGCUGUCCGAGUUCACUGACUUUCCUCACGAUAAGGAGUACAAUGACAACCUGACUUUUUACCUGGUCUUGGCUCUGGCUGUGGUCUCCUUCCUCUUCAUCACGUGUUUAGUGGUUAUUAUAUCAGUCAAGAUCUACAGAUGGAGACAGUCUCGCAUCCUGUAUCACUCCAACCUCCCUGUGAUUCCAUAUUAUCCUCCACGUUACUCAGACACUUUGGGAACAGGGACUCUGCCACACGUGUACAACUACGAGGUGUGCAGGACCACUGACUCCAGAAAGAGUGACAAUAAGUUUGGAGGAGCUGGUGGUCAGAACGUGUUGAUAAUGGACCCCAGUUCUACAGGAACCAUGCAGCGGAUACAGAGUGAGAAGAGCAUCCUGGAUGAACCUGACUCUCCUCUAGAGGUGAGACAAAAUUAAAAUUGAUCUAAAGUU